UGAUGCGCCCCAUUUGAACACCGCAUUCCAUCCCUCUCUCAGCAUUUUGGCUUUCUCACUCUACUGCCUGCUACUUCUCCAUUAAAGGUCCGAAAAGAAUGAGCAGGCCCUCCUGAUAUAAUUAUUUGGAAAGCAGAGUUUCAUGGGGUUGAUGCCGGUUAACAGGCAUCACCAGAGGCAAGCAAAUGGGACUCCCACCAAAUGGCUUACACUCUUUUGCAUCUCCUGCUUUUGCUUUGGUGCUCUGGUCGCCAACAGGAUCUGGAGCUUUCCUGAUCCUGUGAAAAUAAAUGAGAAGGCAUCUUCUAUGAAAGCAUACCAGGAGAGCGGCCUGAAUUUAAUUACUGGAUGUGAACAAAAGAAUGAAGAUACCGUUAGGACUGGAGAUAUCCUCAGUCAAGUUUCAAAGACGCAUGAUGUGAUCAUGACUUUAGACAAAACCAUCUCCACUUUAGAGAUGGAGUUAGCAGCAGCUAGAGCUGCACAAGAAAUUAAGCUUGGUGGUUCUCCAGAAGCUAUAAAGCCAGGAGUCGAACAAUCAAAGGAGCGGCAAAAGGUUUUCUUUGUCAUGGGAAUCAUUACUGCAUUCAGCAGCAGAAAGCGUAGGGACUCUAUUCGAGAAACUUGGAUGCCUCAAGGAGAAAAGCUACUCCAGUUAGAGAAAGAAAAGGGAAUUGUAAUUCGAUUUGUUAUCGGCCACAGUGCAACUCCAGGGGGUGUGCUGGACCGUGCCAUUGAGGCUGAGGAGGAGCAACAUCAGGAUUUUCUUAGGCUGAACCACAUUGAAGGGUACCAUGAAUUGUCUUCAAAGACCCAAAUAUACUUUUCAACUGCUGUUGCAAAAUGGGAUGCCGAUUUCUACAUUAAAGUUGAUGAUGAUGUACAUGUCAAUCCUGGUAUGAUGGCAUCUACACUGGCACGCCAUAGGUCAAAACCUCGUGUUUAUAUGGGCUGUAUGAAAUCUGGACCAGUUCUGGCACAAAAAGGAGUUAAGUACCAUGAACCUGAAUAUUGGAAAUUUGGUGAGGAAGGAAACAAAUAUUUUCGUCAUGCAACAGGACAACUAUAUGCGAUCUCCAAGGACCUAGCAACCUAUAUAUCAAUUAACAGACCUAUUUUACACAGGUAUGCGAAUGAGGAUGUCUCCUUGGGUUCCUGGUUUAUUGGACUGGAUGUUGAACAUAUUGAUGACCGGAGCCUCUGUUGUGGGACUCCACCAGAUUGUGAGUGGAAAGCCCAGGCUGGGAACCCAUGUGCGGCAUCCUUUGACUGGAGUUGUAGUGGGAUCUGCAAAUCAGUGGAGAGGAUGAAGGACAUCCAUGAGCGUUGCAGUGAGGGAGAUGGUGCCGUCUAGAGUGCCAUCUUAUGAUGCCUCUCUCUCUCAUGUAAUCUUUUGUGUGGAGUUGCACGUUACAGUCUGUAUUCACUCUCUUGUGGAAAGCUACAUUCCACAUUCACUCCCAUAUAACUAUAUAUGGGAAGCCACGUAAACACAUCCUCCUCACAUGUAUGUGUGAAUUUACAUUCCCCAUCCCUGGUCGGUGAAGCCCCAUUUCUGUUUUGCAUGGGAUGAACAGACUCAAGGCAUGAACGAGUUGGUCUUGCAUGGAGAGUUCCCAAUCGGGGUGUUUGUGGUUGCUGAGGGACUUGUUAUUUAACAACAUUUCAUGUGUACAGUUACAGAAAAUGAAUGGGGUGAUUUUGUUAUUUGCAGAGGCGUUCAUGAUUACAGGUUA